UAACAGUCGAAAUUUAUCGUUCGAUAAAUGCUAAAGAUUACAAAACUAUAGAGUCAUUCAUUCGCCGAGCGACCGGCGUAGGCGCAGCACGUGCGUCGCGUUCAAAAAGAAAAAAACAUGAGGAAAAUUUUCAAAAUGUUUGUUUUACUAAUCGCGUUCGUGUCGUUCACGUCCGCUCAAGAUAGUCUUCAAGUGAACACCACCGAGGGUACGGUGGAAGGCAGCAGAGCGGCUGACGGAGAUUAUUUGACUUUCUACGAUAUACCAUACGCCGGUCCAACAUCUGGAGAGAACAGAUUCAAGGCUCCUAGUCCGCCAACGAACUACUCUGGAGUGUAUCAUGCCGUCAAUCGGAAUAUUUUGUGCGCCCAGCCCAACGCCCGGGGCCUUAUUGGAGUAGAGAACUGUCUGACACUCAGCAUAUACACGAAAAAUACGACCACACCCAAACCGGUUUUCGUUUGGCUCAACGCUGAACAAUACGCCUCCACCACCACACCAGUGUUCAGCUACAAGAAAAUCGUCGAAGAGAACAUAGUUUUCGUGCCUCUGAACUUCCGUUUGUCAAUCUUCGGUUUCAUUUGCCUCGGUGUUCCCGAUGCACCAGGCAACGCUGGUCUCAAAGACAUCCUCCAAGGUCUGACCUGGCUGAAAAGCAACAUCGCUGGAUUCGGCGGAGACCCUAACAAUAUUGUGCUUAUUGGUCAUGGUUCGGGCGCAGCGCUAGUAGAUCUGUUGACCAUGUCUCCGAGAUCCAAGAACCUCGUCCACAAAGCUAUUGCACUGAGCGGAUCUGCUCUAUCACCGUGGGCAGUAGCAUAUGAGCCUGUACGCUACGCCGAAGUAUUUGGUGGGGUGUUGGGAAUCACACAGAAAUCUAGGGAGCAAUUGGCAAAACUUCUUCAGACUACGAAUCCAAACGUACUUGCUACUGCGCUAGAAGAAUUCAAAUUCACAAACAACAGCCUCAUAUUCGCGCCUUGCAUCGAGAGUCAAAAUAAUGAUCCUAAUGAGACAAUCAUAACAGAUGCGCCAUUGAACAUUUUGCGUUCCGGGAAUUACAAUCACGUUCCUUACAUCGCCGGUUUCACGACUAGAGAGGGCACGUUGAGGGCUUCCGAAGUUGUCUUUAAUAGAUGGCUCGAGGGUAUGGAAGCGAAUUUCACAAAUUUCCUUCCAGUGGAUUUAGAUACGAACGGCAACGCAACUGCCGUUCAAGAUAUAAAGAGAUUUUACUUUGGCGAUAGAACGAUUGACAUGGGAACCAUCGAGGACUAUUUAGACUACCAGGGCGAUACACUUAUUUUAUUGGCCGUGAUAAGAACGGCUAGGGAACGGGGAGUAACUUCCACGAGUCCUGUGAGACUAUUAGAAUUCGGCUACAGAGGAACACUGAACUCCGAUUGGCCCUUCAACCAGAUCCCCCUGCACGGAGUAAAGCACGGUGGAUUUCUGAACUACCUCUUCGACUAUGACUUGCGACCUUCAGACGUUCAAGCGAUGAACUCUCUUGUGAGACGUCUAACAAGAUUUGCACACACCGGAGAGCCAGCAAACUCGGCCGCUGCGAAUGUGGUUUGGUCCGCAGUCGACAAAGCCAAUUUGAAUUACCUCUACUACGGAGGAAACGAUGGGACUGGCUCUGUGGCCUACGUCGAAGAAGCCAGGGUCAACCCGCACACGACCAGGAUGACAUUCUGGAAUUCGACCUACGAGAGAUAUUACGUUCCGCCAAGACCUGUCUCCGGGGCUAACAGCCUUCUCGGAGUAGCUCUGUUUGUUACGCUAAGUCAACUGUUUUUCUUAAUGUUUUAGUACUUAUUCGAGACUGAUUGUUUGUUUGUUAUCGAUUGCCGCGCGUAGCCGAAUCUCGGCCAAACCGACUAUAUUUAAAAGUGAAAGAGAACCAACCGAUUUACCUAUGCAAUAUUCUUCAAUUUAAUUAUUCCGUCACUUGAGGUAUUCGAUGACGUCAUUUCUUAAAUGCCCUCCGCGCGAUGUUGACCUUAAGGAAAUCCUAAAUCUGAAAGACGCUUCUUUGUUUCGAUUUCCUGAUUAUAAGCACCGGUCGAAUGAAAUAAUUCAUUGAUGUGACAAGCAGCUCUUUGUAUAACAAAUACUUUCAAACCCUUUGUUAGCCGGUCUUUGAUUAGGCUUUGAUCCGUUCACUACCAAACUCCGCAAGAUAACCCCCCAGGCUGAUCUCAAGACUUAUUGAAAGGUUCAUUGUGAUCAGUCCAUCUGUUUCGGGAUUUAUAGUAAACAAACAUCCUUACAUCGACUUUUAUAUAUGUAGAAUACUGACGUGGCUGUUCAGUCCGAUGGUGCUAAUUGCCUAACUGGUUAUGGAGACGUAACUGUAAUUGUUAAAUUUAAUUUAUCUAAUACGCAGUACAUAGAGUCGUGGCCGCCUAGAUUUACUCGUGUCAAGCGAUGCGUUGGUGUCAGUUUUGGGUAGUAAAUGAUUCUAAGGCGGACAGCAGACCCGCGCGGAUGGGCACAUCCAGUCUGAAUCAUUAUUUAGAGAAAGAUAGAGAGAGAGAGAGUAUUCUUUAUCAUACACCAAAAAAAAACAAAGCGAUACAUUAAAUACAAUAAAAAGUACAUUUGUUGGUAUUAUCGCUAAGAACGAUCUCUCUUAAGAGUUAUUUAAGUCUUAUUUAAAACUAUAUAAUUAGAUAAGAGAUUACAUUUUUUUUUAUGUUGUAAGAAAACUGCGCACAACAAAAAUAAAAAUACUUUAUCCAAACAAAAUUACCAAAUGAAAUGUUACUUUGUUUUAAUUUUAAGGUUCGUUACUUUAGAAUAUAAUAAAAGUAUUUUCCAUCAAUUUUGUGUUUCUUGU